AGGUACAACAGUAAACUUACAUAAUCGCAACAAAUCAAUCCCCAAUAAAGAGAUAAGCUUUUCCAAACAAAUAUCGGCUAUUUAAAGAGAAUGGUUGCAACCGGAAUGCAGUAAAUUUUCCUGAAGCACCGUCCAAUUCAUACUUCAGAGCUAUCGUGAUGCCAGGUCCGUUCGAAGUUGACACAACGCCGCCCAGUGCGGAGGUGAUGGAAGUUGCCCGCCAAGAACUGCGCGAAACUCCCGAAAUCAAAGCUGCUGCCAUCGCUGAACUACGAAAGCUGCUGAAAGCGGCUACCGACCUGCAGUUUCCCGAUGACGAUGAUUUCCUGGUGCUUUAUCUGCGUCCGACGCAUUUCUAUCCGGAGAGUGCCCUGAAGUUGAUGCGGAAUGUGGCUCAGUUCCAGAAAAGCAAUGCCGAUUUACUGAAGGAUUUGAUGCCAUCCGACUUGAAGGACGUAAUUCUGAACUACGAUUAUGUGACGGUGUUGACUAAUCGCGAUCAGAAAGGACGCAGGGUAGUGAUUGUCAAAAUGGGUGAGAUUUGGGAUCCGAAAGCCGUCAGCGAGGACAAGAUUUUCGCCAUUCUGUACACGAUGCAAAAACUGGCUGCCCUGGAACCGAUCACUCAGAUCAACGGGGUGGUCGUAAUCUAUGACUUCGAGGGUCUCGGUAUGAAGCAGGUCAAUGGAAUAUCGGUUAGUGCGACGAAACGACUAUUGACUUUCAUUCAGGAGGCAGCACCACUUCGGAUGAAGGCGGUACAUUUUGUAAAGGAACCGGCCCUGUUUAGUAUGGUUUGGACCCUAAUGAAACCAUUCGUCAAGGAGAAACUGAAGAGCAGGAUGUACUUCCAUGGAAGCGAUAUGAAGAAGCUCCUGAAGCACAUUGAUCCAGAUCAUUUACCGGCUAAUUAUGGUGGAAACAAACCACAACUGGACUAUGGUUCCAAGGAGUGGUACCCGGCGCUAGAAAGUUGCAACGAUUUCAUCAAGAAAUUUAACUCGACGGGAUUCAAGUAAAUCUUCCGUUGUUAUCAAUUGCAACCAGAAUGAUUGUUUUUUUUUAUUGACAACAACAUUAAGCAAAGUCAUCCUCUUUGAAAUCGACCAAAGUGCAUUGCGUUUUUAAAAAUAUCUUGAGCAGUUGAAAAAAAAGUACGAUAAGCACUCGCUUUUUGCGAGUAGGAUUUAAUCAUCGAUAAGACUGUCGUAAAUAAAAUGUCGAUAGAAA